AUGAAGACAGUCGCCAGCAUACUCGCCCUGCUGGCGUUGGGCCGCAGCAAGAAGUUAUUGGAAGAUGGCAAGAUCCAGGCUGAUGCCCCCUCGUGUGUGAAAGUGCGGUGCCCUAAAGCUUGGGUACCAAAGGUUGGCCAUCACACCUUGGAAGGGUCAACUCCGGAGGAAUGCUGCGACAAGACUUGCGAGCUCUUCGAGUGCACGGGGGCUUAUAAGGCCAACGAGGACUACUUCGGCAACGUCGGCUCUUCAGUGCAGGCUUGCUGUGACAAGAUGUGUGGCUCUGAGUACCACUGUGAUGUGGGAUACGUGCUGGCAGACAGCCGUGCCGCUGGCACUACCAAGGAGGAGUGCUGCCUUCCCAAGUGCGAGCUCUUCAACUGCACUGCCCCUUGGGCACCCAGCGCCGCCAAGAAGGAGGUGGUUUCCGACGAGCCGGAGCAGUGCUGUGAUCAGACGUGUGCCAUGGUGAACUGCUCCUUGCCAGAUUGGGUGGUCAACGAGAGCAAGGCGUCUGAAGUUGGGAGUUCGCCAGGGGCUUGCUGCACCCCAACAUGUGGCAACGCCAAAACGGUUUGUCCCUUUGGCCAUUUGGUGCAGGAGGGUGCGAAGAACAAAAGUUCCGACGGAACCGCGGAGUCCUGCUGCACAAAGCAGUGCAAAGCUCACGUUUGCAGCGCUGGUUGGGCCCCUGAUGUCUCAAAGCAAGAGGACUUUGGUGAAGAUGAUGGAGACUGCUGCCUUCCCACGUGCAAGCAGUUCGAUUGCUCCUUGGAAGAUGGAUGGGCGCCGUCCAAUGUGGAGACGGUGGGUAGCAACGAGACGCAAUGCUGCGUUGCCACAUGCAAGCAAUGGACCUGCAAUGCCACUGAGAGUUGGCUGCCGGUGCCUGGCAAGGAGAACGCCACUGGAAGCAGCAAUAGCGCCUGCUGCGAGCCAGCGUGCAGCAUUUUCUCUUGCAACUCUGCCGAAGGCCGUAUCCCAGUCCAGGCUGCUGCCACUGUGGGCGGCUCGAGCGACGACACCUGCUGUGAGAGCAGUAAAUGCACCCAGAUUCGUCAGAAUAUGACGGUGCUCAAGGCGGACCAGCACUGCAAUGAUCUUUCAGAAGCAGAGUGUGAGACAAAGUACUUCCUGCAUGCAGAUGGAAAUUCUUCAGCAGUCGUCACGUGCACCUUUGAUGAUGUCUACAAGCUGUGCCGCUAUGACGUUGCCGCGGCUAUCAAGGGUGGCUGCUCUGGUAUGGAUGCAAAGUGA